GGAACGAGAUGAGCAGCGCCGGUGCCGCUGCAAGAUGCUGGAUGGACACGUCCUGCUGGGAUGGCUCUCCUCCUGCGCGCUCCUAGGGCUGCUUGCCUGCGCCCCGCGGCCCUCCGCCGCCUACUUCGGGCUGACAGGGAACGAACCCCUGACCAUCCUCCCUCUGACCUCAGAAAUGGAGGAAGCUGCAGUCAAAGCCCACUACAAAGUCUGUGACCGCCUGAAGCUGGAGAAGAAGCAGCGCAGGAUGUGCCGGCGGGACCCCGGUGUGGCUGAGACCCUGAUGGAGGCGAUCAGCAUGAGUGCACUGGAGUGCCAGUACCAGUUUCGCUUUGAGCGCUGGAACUGCACCCUUGAGGGUCGCUACCGGGCCAGCUUGCUAAAAAGAGGUUUUAAGGAGACAGCCUUCUUGUACGCCAUCUCCUCCGCAGGGCUGACACAUGCCAUGGCCAAGGCAUGCAGCGCAGGGCGGAUGGAGCGUUGCACCUGCGAUGAGGCCCCUGAUCUGGAGAACCGCGAGGCUUGGCAGUGGGGUGGCUGCGGUGACAACCUGAAAUACAGCAAUAAGUUUGUCAAGGAGUUCCUGGGGAGGAAACCCAACAAGGACCUGCGAGCCAGGGUGGACUUCCACAAUAACCUUGUGGGCAUGAAGGUUAUCAAGGCUGGAGUGGAGACAACCUGUAAAUGCCAUGGUGUAUCCGGAUCCUGUACUGUCCGAACGUGCUGGAGGCAACUCUCUCCAUUCCAUGAAAUAGGGAAGCAGCUGAAGCAGAAGUACGAGACAUCACUCAAAGUGGGCAGCACUACCAACGAGGCCACAGGGGAAGGAGACAUCUCCCCACCCAAGAAGUCCAUCCCUGGUCACAGUGAUCAAAUCCCAAGGACUACGGAUCUUGUCUACAUUGACGAUUCCCCAAGCUUCUGUAUGAUGAGUAGAUACUCACCUGGGACUUCGGGAAGGAAAUGUUACAAAGACAAGAACUGUGACAGCAUCUGCUGUGGGCGAGGGCACAAUACACAGAGUCGGGUGGUCACCCGUCCAUGCCAGUGCCAGGUCCGUUGGUGCUGCUAUGUGGAAUGCAAGCAAUGCACCCAGAGAGAAGAGGUUUAUACCUGCAAAGACUGACGUAUCUUCUGCUCAAUGGCAACCCUUGGUGAUGGGUAAUGGCGAUCUAUGAGAACUGCACAUGGAGACAAACAGGGUUUGAUUGACCUUCUGGGAUCUGAAAGCUAUGUUGAGACAUAAGCACUUUGUAGGGUACAGGUGACCCAGUUGUGUUGCUGUUUUGUUUUUGUUUUGUUUUCCGGUAGACUGAAUUUUAAUGAGGUCCAACCAUGUGGAAAUAAGUGCCUGUCACACUGGGAUUAGACACCAGUUGACCUUCACUUUAGUCUACGCAGUUUGGUGGAUCAUUUAUCCUUGGAACAUUAUCUUGAUCGUUCUACCACUCCUCCAUGAACUCCUGGGCUAAUAUAUUCUCUUUAGCAUAAAUAACCUAUACUACUUUAUUCCUGAAGCUUACCCAACAACUUAGAGCUAAGCAGAUAAGAAAGAAAGAUCUGCUUCAGAUGUGAUGGUACAGGAAGUGGUCAUUUAUGUCCCUUUCUAAAACUGAAGAGAUGUGUGUAGGGUAAGCAGGAAUAGGCCUGAUGGCUCCUUUAGUGGAGUUUCUGCACAUCAAGCAAACAAGGCUCUGACAAAAAGACCCACUGGGAGGAUUAGCUUUUUAAUGACAGCUCCAUAUCCACAUGCAUUGAUCACGAACUACAGCUCAAAUGUUGGGUCCACCAUAUUGCAAACAGAAAUAUAUCCAAGAAAGAGGUUGGGAAGACUGCAGAAAACCAGACGUGCCUGUCCCCUUCAAUCCAUUCAUGUGUUCUUUUUUACAACCAGUUUCUUCAAAUGCAGUUUCUUUAGCACUAUCAUUGUCUUUUUUCUUUUUUUUUUUCUUGACAAAAACCACUAGAUAUUUUUAAAAUUUUAUUUUCACUUUGUGCAUGAUUUAUUUUUCUGUCCUCUUUCCACCUCUUGUUGAUCAAAUUCACCCUGUGGUAACUGCUUCAGAAAUCUGAACUGGAACUUUUGAGUCUUAUGCCAGCUGAAUUUGGACAUGUAUUUCUGAGUAGGCCAAGAGAAAUUCAAGUGCAUCUUGGAACGCGGCGCUGUCUUGCAUUUUAUAGCAGCCAUUUUGGACUGGAUCAGACCUCUGGAGGAGUUGACGUUUCUGUUACUAGGUCAUCAUUCCAUUUACUCUAAACCAUGGCAGUGGUACAUGACACAAGCUGUAUGUAAACCAUAUGACCUUAAGAUUUUUCUUUCUUUUUUUUUUUUUUUUUUUUUUUUUUUUAACCACUAGAUUGAGAACUGUAUUUAAAAAAUACAACUGCUAAAUGGUAACCAACUCUUGGAUUCGGAACAACCAAUUGACACAGAGUCAAGCUAUCAAGUGGCCAGAGAAGCCACAGAUUGACUGCAGUGGUAGAUCACUCUGAUGCUGUGAAAUAGAUGACAAUCUUCAGCAUCUCUUCUUUCAUUUGAAGAGGAUACUUGCAAUCCAGGACUUGAUGCAACAAUAUUUGUCAGUCAUAUAAAAGUGGAUUGGAAGCAGCCAGUGGAUGCCUCAACGAAGCUUUCUAAGGAAACAUUGGCGAGGGAAGGGCAUUUUGUUUUAUUUUUGGUAGCAAUUUUUGACUGCCCAGUAGUAGCAAUUUCCACCAAUUCUAUAUAAGCCAUUGAUCUGGUUCUCAAAAGAGGAAAGCUGGCUGGAGUUUUUCAACCAGUAGUAGAUGUUAGCCAAACAAAAAGAGAGCAGUUUUCCAAAAUGGGUCAUUUUUUUUUAAGGUGGUUUUAAUUUUCUUUUUUUUUUCUUUUUCUUUUCUCUCCCAAAAUAGUAGCCACUAAUAUUUAAGCUGUUCAUGUUCAUCUACUGGGAGGAGAAAAGAUAUUUUUAACAAAUACCUGCAGUCCAACCUGGCUUGUUGGCAUGAAAUCUUGAGGUGGGAGCAUGGGGAUGGAUGGGAUGGUAUUGUCAAUAGCGCUAUGGUCCUGCAAAGUGAAGUUACUGUCUCUUUUUUUGCUGUUUGCUUAUUUGCUGUACAAUUCUGGGGGGGAGGUAAUGCUGGAGAAGGCAGAACCCACACAUGGUGUUUGUCCCUUCCACCACAGCAAAUGUACAACGGUGCAUUCAAUGCAGGGAGUUUGCAAGAAGGUCUUGCAGCUUCUGAGAGAUGCACUGCUUUGAGAGUCACCCACAAGCAGUUUAUCUAAUGGUUUAAAAAAUAAACUAACUAGAAAUCUAUUCUGUGUGUGUGUGUGUGUGUGUAUACACACAUGCUGACACAUAAAUAUAUAUAUAAAUAUUGAAUGAACAUUUAUUUAUUGUCAAGCCCUUCAGAAGGACCUUCUAAUGGUUUCAAUGUGGUAUUAUGUUAAAUUCUUUCUUCCCCUCUCUCACACAUAUGUGCAAACUCACUGUUACAUUUUUGUGUGUGUGCUGGAAUAGCUCUUCCCCUCCAAAGUAAGGUCAGACCCAAACCUCCUCAAACCAUGAGGGUUGUUGGGUCUGAAUUACUAUUUCUGGCUCCACUCUUUAAAAAAAAAAAAAAAAAGGUUCUUAGUUAAAGAAUGGGCCACAAUUUAUGUGCAUUAUUAUUACUAAUUAUUGUUAUAUUUAAACCAUGGGCCCCAUUUUCCUUCUUUUCACUGGUGUCUCUGUCUCCAUUGACCUCGCUGGAGUAACUCCGCAUUGCACUGGUGUGAGAGGAGAAUGAGUCCCUAGAUGUAGAAGAGAAGGCAGUGUUGGCAUAGAUACUGUUGUGGAGAAAAUGCCUGGGAUAGGGUAGCUUGGUGUGUUUGGCAGCAGGGGGGAGAGAGAGAUGGGUGGGCAAUAAGGCAGACUGUCGAAGCUUGACUAGAGUAAGGCAGCAAAGAGUGAAUGAACUACUGAGUGAAAGAGCUCUUCUGUGUAUUAUAACUCACGCACUGAAGCCUGGAUGCUUUCUGUAAGUAUUUAAAAAAAAAAAAAAAUCAACAAAAAAACUCACACAAAAACCAAAUUGUAUUUAUGUUAAUGUGGAUAUAUUACUUGCCUGUUAUAUAUUGUAAAUAGCAAGGUUUAUUCUCCUGUGGUUAAAAAAAAAUUAUAAAUAACUAAAUAGUAGCAAGGCACAUGUGUUAAAUGUAUAGGCAGUGUAUAAAAUAUACUAACACUCUGAAAUCAGGAGAACUUGUCUUCUUGGCCUUUUGACCUAGGGUGGUAAAAUAGACGUGGGUUAUUUUUCUUCUUCCUCCCACCAUGUUUUAUAUAUGUUGGGGGUGUGGGGGUGUUUAGUUCCAGCAUUUUCUAAUGUUUGCCUUAUCUUUGAAGAAAGAAUGGGGGGAAAAGCCUCAUUUUGGAAAAAUCCAGGAGCUUGAGAAGGAUGAAACAAGUAGCAGCAGGUAGAAAAGAUGUCAGACCCUCUCAAAACUCUCUCAGGUGCUUCACUUGGGUUUUCUGCUGGUAAUAAUGUGUGUUGGGAUUGAAUUAACCCAUGGAGCAGGAGUUUCUGCUUGUGUUACUCCAUAUGUGAGUUCAGAAAACCCUAGAUAAGAGACCCUGAGUCCUCUAUAUAAAUUGGGCAGUGUCCUGUAAACUGCUUUUUAUUCCAGCUGCAUGAAAUUGGAUUUUUCCAGAGGGGCUGAUUCUACCACUACCCAUUGGAUGUCCAGUGCAAUUUAAUGAAAUUGCUCAUUUUUGUAAAACUACUACAACAAUGGAUUUGGGUCCCUGAAUCUUUCACGGUAUCAUUUGAUACAAAAAAAAAAAAAAAAAAAAAAAAAAGUGCGAAGCAACUUUUUUCCUUUUUCUUACCCCCAUAGAAACAGGUUUUUGCAGCAGAUGUAACUGGAGAAGGACAGAUGGGUGACCAGGGGAUUCUCUGGUUUCCAAUCCCCUUUUACCCCCUGUCUCCCAAAAGUGUCAAAGUGUUGGUUCUCCUAAGCUGAUCCAGCAAAACUUGUGAGAUCAGUUUUGGGGUGGGGGGGUGCAACCAUUAUUUAUAUAACUUUUUAAUUAAUUUUUUUAAAAGAGAAGUUAGCUGAUGGAAGAAUAUUUUUAUUGAAUAGUGCAUUUAGUUAUGUCAGAAAUAUAAAAAAAUAUAUAUAAUAUUUUUGUAAACAAGGCAAACUGAAAAUGUUUGCUGUUUUAUAUUAGAAUUUUCUAUUAAAAGAAAUAAAAACCCCCACAAAUAAUUGUUGCACCCAUCAUCUGUUUUUUAACAAGCUUCUGUUCUGUGUGACUGACUCAUAUAUGCCGGAUGUGGAGACAUGCAAAACAAGUCCUAAACAUUAUGUUCUUGUUGUUUUCCACCUCUCAAAAGACUCCAGUUGGUGAGACAACUAGUGUUUAAUCAAAGGGGCACUUCUUUUUUAUUCUUGACACUAAAAAUGAGUUAUGAACAAUGAGUAGCUUGUAAAUAAAUGCAAAAACCUACUCUGAAACUUCAAGCUUAUCCCUUUUUAGUUAUGUAUCCUGGUUUCGAGAUGGCUUGAAAGCCAAAACCUAUGUGUAAUAACUAGAUAUUUGCCAUUGAUCUCAGUUGGCCUGGGAAGAAUGAUUCUUAAAAAGGUUAUUGGCGGGGGGAGGGGAAUAAAAAUCUGAUACAUGGGAAGGUUAAAUGAAGAGGACCAAAUCCCAGGCUUGACUUAACACAAGCAAUUUUUAUCUAUUUGAAUGGGGCAGUGUAAAACCUGGGAGUUGGGAACUUGGUGUGCUGUGUUUCAGGAAGCCUGUUGUUCUCCUUUGGAAGCAGGGAAUGAGUUAUGGACUGCCUGUUUUCAAAAGAGCUUUUGGAAUUGGAGACCUGAGCAGGAGCAAGAUAAUUUCUGAGGAUUUUUUGUGGUCGGCCAGCUCAUACACAUCUGCCUUUCUCCAGCCCAGGUCUUGAAUUUCUUUGUUAAUCAUUUUUCAGCUGACCUAUUUUAGUGAAUAUAUAUUAGGUUGGUUUGGCUGUGGUAGGGUUCGAUGAGAACCCAGAUGAAGGGACAGAUUUCUCAAGGGUACUUUCAUGGAGUAGAUGCUGCUUAAGGUAAUUUUCUGGUGGAUUAUAGUGCCUGUGAAAAAUUCCUCCGUUGAUGUUGCAGUAAAAUUAGGUCUGUUCUGUGCUCAAUAAAACAGGUGCAGCAAAGCUCUCCAUUCCCACUUAAUUUAGCUCUGUGUGCACAUCUGUUGGGUAGAGUCUGGCUUCCAUGGUCAGCUUGUCCUGGCAUUCAGUUUUCAGAAUGCUAACUAGGUGAUGACUUUUGGAGAGCAACCUUUUCCUGCAAAAGAAAUAGUUCCUUUUAUGACCAUCACUGCUUGUGUAACUUGAAAGAUGCUCAGUAUGGUAUAGGGCCCAUAGAAAUCUGGCCAUUGCUGAAGCAGUCAAGCUGAGGGCCAUGGAUAUUAGUGUCGAAUAGCUGUUAGAUCUAUUUUCACUGAUGAGCACUGGAUUUGACCAAGCUCUUUGCAUGCUCCAGGAAACAGUGGUUCUCAGCAAUGAAAAAAAGGGAAAUCUCUAGUCUUUGUGAGUGGAGAGGAAAAGCAAAUGGCCAUUGCAAGCACAGUUUAGCUCUGCCACCAUGGUAGGCUUCCUGUAACUACAUUUAUUCACAUGCAGGGAGUGAGUAGGGUGUAAGGCCAUAAAUGAUUCAGACACAUAAAGUUAGGCAGUCUAUCUGAUAACACAGUUGUUGCGGAAUGUUUUUGGAAAUGGGAAAAACUCCUCCCAGCAGCAUUGGGCAAAGUGACCAAGGGACAAAAGUUCCUCCUCCCUCAUCCAGUCCUCCCUUUCAUAACAGGGUUGAUCAGGAAAGGUGGGGGAAGUGCUGAUGCGCUUGGUGUAGUGGGGCCUUUACAAUGGGUCUGGAAUCAUCCCACCUUAAAUAAGGAGCCACUAGAAGGUGUUUUGGCCCAUGUGGAGGAGCCAGUUUCUCGCCACUGACAAUAGAAGGGGACAAAAACAUAGCCACACAGGUUAAUAGAUGUUUAUAAAUGUGGGGAUGAAUUCAGGACUUAUCAUCAAUGUGUGAGUGGAUAACCCUGCCAGCUCACAUUGGGCACAGACCAAUCUGAAACAGCAAUCUCCAAAUUAGCACAGGAAUUUUCCUUUGGUCCACCCCAGUCUAUAACAAUGCCCUUUGAGGCCUGAAUGUAAAGUCUAGGAUUUGUUUUGCACACCUGGGAUGGCAUUUCCUUUUAAAGGGAGGUGGGAAUACUAACAUGAAGGAUUAGUAUUUUUAUUUUGUUUGGUUGGUUGUUUUUUACUUUUUUUUUCUCUUUCCAAUGUCUUAUGGGAGCCUAAGUUAUUUUUCUCUACCUCAUAUGUACAGCUCGUAGGUAUAAAUCUGAUUCUGAGUGACUGUUGAGAAUGUAUUUAAGUUAUUUAACAUCUUUGUAUAACAAAAAA